CAUCCUUUCUUUUUUAUUGCUUAUUGCCCUUUUCCUUUUCUGAUCUAAUCUGAUAUGAUUGAUCUGAUCUGAUCUGAUUGUUAUGAGUUUUCUUUGUUCUCUUCAUGAUGUUCAUGCCCUUUUACGUGCUUAUUUGUUUGUUCCUGUUUUCGUCCCACUUAUUUCCCCCUUUCCCUUUUUGUUUGAUUUUUGAAGAUUGUACCAAAAUCAUUUAUUGGUCCCUGCAUGGCAUCUCUCUCCUACCCCGUGGUUUGGUUUGGAUGCACUUAAUUCCUUGGUUGCCCCGACGGCCUGUACUCUAGCUAGCGAUAGAAAUCCACUGACUUAAAAAACGAUGAAAAAA